CGUCAUGUUGGCUACACUGAUCUAAAUCUGCAAUUUUCAAUCCAUCAUCAAUCAACCAAUCUCCUUAUAAAUCAACACAGAAAGUAAAACAAAUCGCAUAAAAUGGCAAGCGCAAUGGACGUAGACGUUGACGAAGUAGAGAUGCCCACUUCCAGUUCCAAGGGCGAGAAAAAGCGGUUCGAAGUGAAAAAGUGGAACGCCGUCGCUUUGUGGGCAUGGGACAUUGUCGUUGACAACUGUGCCAUUUGCCGCAACCACAUCAUGGAUUUGUGCAUCGAGUGCCAGGCAAAUCAGGCCUCAGCCACCAGUGAAGAGUGUACAGUUGCCUGGGGAGUGUGCAAUCAUGCAUUUCACUUCCACUGCAUUUCAAGAUGGUUAAAAACUCGACAAGUAUGUCCUUUGGACAACAGAGAAUGGGAAUUCCAAAAGUAUGGACAUUAAAGCCCCUAAUGUUUUAUUUAAUUAUUUGGUUAACUGAUUUAUCUUGAAUUAAAUUAAUUUGAAAACUCUUAUUUUGUUCUUUAUGUGUUUAGCUAUUUUCUAAUAAAAUAUUUCUAAUA